CUUUGAACCAUUCGUUUAUAUUCACCCUUAAUUAUAAACCCUAAAUCCCCUCUCACCAGCCAUCGUUGCGCGUACUCUCUCUCUCGCUAGAGUCUCUUCCGCGGUCGCCGUUUGCUUUUUACGAUCUUCUUUAUCAAUCAAGAUGGUGCUUCAGAACGAUAUCGAUUUGCUUCAUCCACCAGCUGAGCUCGAGAAGAGGAAGCACAAGCUCAAGAGGCUUGUGCAGUCUCCCAACUCUUUCUUCAUGGACGUCAAGUGCCAGGGGUGCUUUAACAUAACCACUGUGUUCAGUCACUCGCAAACGGUUGUGGUGUGUGGUAACUGCCAGACAGUGUUGUGCCAGCCUACUGGUGGGCGUGCCAGGCUCACCGAGGGUUGCUCUUUCAGGAGGAAGGGGGACUGAUGCUCUGCCCAGAACACUUUUGACUCUUAUUAGUUUAUCUACAAGAGAGCCUUUGAAGGUUGAUUUCAUGGAAGAAAAGAAAUGGGUGCUGUUGUUAUUGUCAAGUUAUCUAGGUUUGGUUUUAAAUGUUUAAUUUUGUUAGGAUCGUUCUGAACUUAGUAUGACAGUGCUGCGUUUUGAUUCUGCUUUAAUUGAGUUUGCUGUUUGACAUUAUCAGAUAUCAUUUACAUCUUCAAAUUAGAUAUUAUUCUUGAAGUGUUUUCCU